CUGCAGGCAGCACGCUGGAGGUCUCCACGCCCGCCGUGGUCGAAGUGGAGAUGGGAGACACGGCCAGGAUGGAGUGUGACUUCCACGCCCCUGGAAACAGUUCUGAUAUCCACAUCAACUGGUUCUACAUGGACCGCAACAACCGGGUGUGGCUGUGCCAAGUCACGGGCAGGGAGCUCCUGGAGGAGAACCCCGACUACAGCGGGCGCCUGUCGGUGGGGGAGGACGGGGCCCUCUCCAUCAGCAGGGUGACCACGCAGGACGCCAAGAUUUUCGUGUGCCAGGCGCGGUCGGUCAGCCACGGCGAGGGCGAGAACAGCACCGAGCUCCGUAUCGCCCAGUGCGUGAGCAGGAACGGCCUCCCUGCCCCCAGCAUCACGUGGCACAAGGAUGGGAAGGAGCUGGAGGAGAGCGGUGAGNNNNUGAAGAUGACGUUCACAAGGACCAGGGAGUCGAGUGGGCUGUACACAGUGACCAGCACCCUCUUUGCCCACGUCACACGGGAGGACCGCGAGACCCUCUACCACUGCACCGUGCACUUCAGGCUGCCGGGCCAGCGCCGGGCCGUGGAGUCAGAGCGUGUCAACGUCACCGUCUUCUACCCCGCCGAGCACGUGAACCUGCGGGUCAUGCCGUCCUCGGCGCUGGUGAAGGAAGGGGAUGAUGUGAAGCUGGUCUGCGAGGCUGAUGGGAACCCAGCGCCUGUCUUCAGCUUCUAUAAGAGAGAGCUAGAUGACAACUGGCAGGAUCUGUCGUCGCUGGCAGAUGCCACCAGCGGGGUGCUGAACCUGCACCAUGUGAAUAAGAGCAGCAGUGGCCUCUACAAAUGCCAGACUCUGGACUUGGAUGAUAUGAGACAGCUAGAGAAGGAUGUGGAGCUUGUUGUGAACUACAUCGAAGGGGUCCACGUGAAGAUGGAGCCAUCCUCACCCCUUCAGGAAGGGGACAGUGUGAAGCUGAGCUGCGAUGCCCACAGCCCCUUGGCCCUGGCUUACCAGUGGAGGGAUGCAAAGGGCAAGAAGCUUGCAGAAGGCAACCAGCUCUUCCUGAGCAACCUGACCUUCGAAACCUCCAGCAACUUCAGCUGCAAGGUGAUGGCGCCGAGCGUGCCGGGGUUGGAGCAGAGCAAGCAGGUGGCCGUGGCCGUUCAGGGGAAGCCGCGGAUCGUGGCGGUCAGCUCCCCGCUGUACGUGCGGCAGGACGAGGUGGUGAACCUGACCUGCAAGGCCAUCGCCUUCCCCAGGCCCUCCGUCCGCUGGAGCGUCAACGGGACGGCUCACGAGUAUGUUGAAGACCAGCACGUGGCCAGCAACCUGACGGUGCGUGUGAGCCACGAGCUGCUGCGUGCUGGAGCCAUGUGCAGGGUCUCCAACACCCUGGGGGACAUCGAGGAGCACAUCCAGCUGCUGGAUCAAAAGACACCGGAGAGCAAAGGGGUGAUCAUCGUGGCGAUCAUCGUCUGCAUCCUGGUGGUGGCCGUGCUGGGGUCUGUCAUCUAUUUCCUGCACAAGAAAGGCAAGAUCCCCUGUGGCCGUGCUGGGAAACAGGACAUCACAAAGCCAGAGGCACGUAAAGACAAGAUUGUAGUUGACGUUAAGUCAGAUAAACUUCCAGAAGAGGCUGGGCUCCUGCAGGGCGCCAACGGCGAGAGGAGACCUGCCGCUGACCAGAGCGAGAAAUACAUCGAUCUGAGAAACUAG